AUGGGUGGCGUUGGAGAUGCGUCCGUCCCGGACGGGGUGCAGUCGAAAGAUCACGAGCGCGUUCAGACCGCGGCUUAUCAUCGUAAGAAGCGGAAAGAACAUGCAUCGACCGGCGCUACAGCAGCAACAAUUCGAGCAGUCAGCGCUCAACUUCUGACCUUUUAUUUUCGGGCGCCCGUCAAAGCGUUCUUUCGUCCUCGGAUAGAUUACAUGGGAUACGCUCGCGCAAUUAAUCCCAAUUUCAAGGCUGGUCAAGCUUGGUCAUGGCGGAUGUCUUCGCCUGUAUUACUUGCCAGUGCAAUACAUCGUCACGGCUGGAGUUUUGUGCCGAAUCACAUCUUACCCCCGUUGAUGGCAAACACUGCCGUCGGUGCAGUUUUGUAUACAGCAUAUCUUCAAACCUUGGGACACAUGCAUGAACCGUCCUCGCGUUCUACGAAGCGGGUAUACCCACCUCCUGCACCAGAGACUGUCUUUGCUGCAGGAUUUAUCGCCGGUACGAUUCAGAGCAUUCUAGCUGCGCCUCUCGACGCUUUGCAGGUACGCUUUCAAGCUUCGGAAAUGCUUAACGGAAAGUACAAGAACAUGUGGCAGUAUGGAGCUAGGAAGACUCGUGAGAUUGGAGCUAGAGGCGUUUUUGCUGGAUGGACGCUAUCUUUUGUUCGCGAUUCCUUUGGUGCCGGAGCAUUCUUCACUGCAUUCGAAUUCGUCAAAUCGCAGUGCUUCUACAGCUUUGUCAGCGGAUUCUAUGGCCAAUUUGCCAAGCUAUCUGAAGUUCAACAGGAAUCUAUUCAAGCUCAACGCCACCAUCGUAACCGGCCUGAAAUCAAGCCUCACUACAUGCUUGAGCCGACGUUUCUUCUCCUUGCUGGGGCAUCCGCGUCAGUAGCGCAAGCUCUGAUUCACCAUCCCAUCAGCCGCAUUCAGGAAAUUCACUAUGCGCGCCUCGAAUGGAUUGAUACACAUGCGCACUCUUCACAGACCGGCGGUUAUCGACUUCAAGCUUUCCAGCUUUACACCGCUGCCUACAAAAAGACUUUUAAGGCAUGCUUCGCCGUCGCUCGUAGAGAGGGCGGCUUGCGACGAUUCCUUUACAAGAAUUUUAUUAUGAAUACACUCAGACAAGUACCGAGUACGAGUGCUGGCCUGAUCGUCUUCGAGGUCCUAAGGCGAAAGUACGGUAACGACGACGAUGCUGUCAGGAUCCCCAAGAAUGGCUACGAGAUUGUGUUGCUAUAGACCAAGACACCUUUGCGGAACUUUGUGCCCCUUUUAUAUUCAUCCGCGGAUGUGUUUCUAAAUGUGUUCCGCGAACCAAACAUGUCUGGUUCAAGGCCAUGCUCACUGUUCUUCGCGCUCCACGGCCAGCUCGUGCGAGCGCUUUUUAGGCCUUCCUUCAGCGGCUUCCGGAAGAAAGUAGACGCCAACGUUGAGGAGUAGCGCAAGAAUGAUGAGCAGUAUCCAGGCAAGGUGUCCAUCCGCCCAUCCAAGCUUGAUGCCCGUGGCAAAAAUGCUUGUGAUGAAUGCUGGGGCUAUGGCACGAAUGGCAGUGCCCACGGUGAGCGCGAGGGCAUUGACCGUUGCCAGGACAUGAGGAGAUGGCGAAAUGUCAUUUAAGAUGAGCUGUUGGCAACC